AUAGAUACAAAUGCCACGGAGCAAUAUGGAUACGUGGAAGGAGUAUUUCAUGCCAGUGUGGGCAGAUAUACCUUGACCUUUCACGACGCCCAACGUCUUUGUGCAUUGCUCGGGGCAACCUUAGCUACAUACGAUCAGUUGUACACUGCUUGGGAAGCUGGCCUUCAAAAAUGCAGGUACGUACUACUUUAUUCUUCUAUCAUUGUUUUCAUUUAUGAUUCAUUCUGUUUCUUUGCUUCUUGGCUGUUUAUGUUUGAACUGAAGAAUGUUUCAAGUUUUCUCAAAGAAUAAGUCGUUUCUUAAUUAUACUUGUGAAAUGUACUUUUUCCCUCAAGUUUGGUUCGAAGCUGGUCUAUGUAUUCAUUUACCUUAAUUAACAGCUGGAAUACCUUCUAUUUUCCUCACCUCGUCCAUCUAACAUCUCAUUUGAAUUUUUGAAAUUUUAUUCUGAUUUCUUGUUCUAAGAUAAUAGGCCAUUCUACUAAGGAAACAGAAGCGGCACUUGACUCGUCCAAUUUGUCAAAGUACGCAGUUGUUUUGGUGCCACGGCUGUCAGAUGACAUACCCUUUCGUGCAUUCAUUUGUCGGUCAUCUUCUGGUGAAAUCAUGUCGUUCUAAUUGCUAACUGGAUGGAUGAACAAUAAUUUUUUUUCACAGCGAAACGUUAUUGGCGACGCUCAUAUUCAGUACGAGUAUAAUUCGGUCUUAUUUCCUGUAAAUUUUAGGACCUAUAAAAUACAUCAAAUCGAUCAACAGAUCAUUUUAUUUAUUCAUUUUUCUACUUUUUUUCAAAUUUAUCCAUUUACUUAUCUAUCUACUCAAUCAUCCCAAUCUAUUUUCCAGUUGUUAGUCGCUGCAUCUUUCUCGUGCUAGUUUAUAUCCAUUCAUUUUUAGUCACUCGUUUCUUCUUCAGGUACGGUUGGCUAGCUGAUGCCACUGCUCGCUAUCCAAUGCAAACAAGGUUACCUGGUUGUGGAAAUUAUAUUGGCGUUUGUGGAAGUUCCCAUCCUCAACCUAAA